AUGAAGUUCAACACCGUCGCCGCCGCCGCGGCUCUGUUCGCUGGCGUCGCGUAUGCUGAGGAAGUGGAAGAGUCCAAGGCUGUGCCGGAACUCCCUACCUUUACUCCCACCACCAUCAAGGCAGACUUCCUUGAGCAGUUCACCGAUGACUGGGAGACACGGUGGAAGCCUUCACACGCCAAGAAGGACACCUCCGCCUCCGACAAGGACAACGCGGAGGAGGAAUGGGCCUAUGUUGGUGAAUGGGCUGUUGAAGAGCCCUUCCAGUACAAGGGCAUCGAUGGCGACAAGGGUCUUGUCAUCAAGAACGCCGCCGCCCACCACGCCAUCUCGGCCAAGUUUCCCAAGAAGAUUGACAACAAGGGCAAGACCCUCGUUGUUCAGUACGAGGUCAAGCUCCAGAACGGAUUGGACUGCGGUGGUGCUUACAUGAAGCUCCUGCGGGACAACAAGGCUCUUCACCAGGAGGAGUUCAGCAACACCACCCCGUAUGUUAUCAUGUUCGGCCCCGACAAGUGUGGCCACAACAACCGGGUUCACUUCAUUGUCAACCACAAGAACCCCAAGACGGGCGAGUACGAGGAGAAGCACCUCAACUCUGCUCCCUCGGUCAACAUUGUCAAGACCACCGAGCUCUACACUCUCAUUGUCCACCCCAACAACACCUUCUCCAUCCAGCAGAACGGUAUUGAGACCAAGGCUGGCAGCCUCCUUGAGGACCUGACCCCAUCCAUCAACCCUCCCGCGGAGAUUGACGACGCCAAGGACACCAAGCCCGAGGACUGGGUUGACGAGGCUCGCAUCGCUGACCCCGAGGCCGUGAAGCCUGAGGACUGGGAUGAGGAGGCUCCUUUUGAGAUUGUUGACGAGGAGGCCACCAAGCCUGAGGACUGGCUCGAGAACGAGCCCGCUGUCAUCCCUGACCCCGAGGCUGAGAAGCCCGAGGACUGGGAUGAUGAGGAGGAUGGCGACUGGAUCGCUCCCACCGUCCCCAACCCCAAGUGUGACGACAUCUCUGGAUGUGGCCCCUGGACCAAGCCUUUGAUCAAGAACCCUGACUACAAGGGCAAGUGGUCUGCUCCCUUCAUCGACAACCCCGCCUACAAGGGCGUCUGGGCUCCUCGCAAGAUCAAGAACCCUGACUACUACGAGGACAAGACUCCUUCCAACUUUGAGCCCAUGGGCGCUAUUGGCUUCGAGAUCUGGACCAUGACAAACAACAUCCUCUUUGACAACAUCUACAUUGGCCACUCCGUUGAGGAUGCCAAGAAGCUGGCCGACGAGACUUUCUUCGUCAAGCACCCCGUGGAGAAGGCUCUUGAGGAGGCUGACAAGCCCAAGAUUGACGACAUCCCCAAGUCUCCUUCUGACCUCGUCUUCCUCGAUGACCCCGUCACCUAUAUCAAGGAGAAGUUUGACCUGUUCGUCACCAUUGCCCAGCGAGACCCCAUUGAGGCCAUUAAGUUUGUCCCUGAGAUUGCCGGUGGUAUUGGCGCCGUCUUCGUUUCGCUCAUUGCUAUCAUCGUCGGUCUGGUCAACCUUGGUGGCUCUCCUGCCCCUGCUGCCAAGAAGGCGGCUGCCACCGUCGCUGACAAGGCCAAGGACCUGUCCGAGGCUGCCGCUUCUGGUGCCGAGAAGGUCAAGGGCGAGGUCACCAAGCGCACGACUCGCAGUCAAUCGUAA